AUGGCACUGAUCAGCCUGGGCAUGUACCUGGCAAAGUCCAUGUGGGCGGUCUCAUACGCAAUAGCAUCGUUUGUCACCAUGGUUUUGACCUGGGUCGCCAUCUCUGGAGCCGCCACGAGGUACCGGAAGGUCAAUUGGAUCCUCUGUGCACUCAGCAUCCAGUUGUCAGAACUGCCCGUGUCGAUCAUGUGUAUGGACGCCUGCUUCUACACAUGGCUGAAUGUCACUGGCACCUUCCAGGAGUCGCUCUUGGUGCGCUUCUUUUACUACACCAAUCUCAUUACAGCAAUCGGACUCUUGUAUCUCUUCAAGCGGGCGUUUGAAGUUCAGGAACUGGGACAAAAAUUCUUGGACCAACUCUUCAAGGGCAGCAAGGACUGGAUCGAACUCCCAGGACUGACAUCACUGAGGUUCUGGCAACAACUAUUGAACCCGUUCCAAUGGCCCAGAGACUGCACCAUCUAUGAGAACAUCCCCUACUGGACACAGGAAGAGCAAUUGAACGCACAGACAUCGGAUGGCUGGAAAUCUGUGCUUGACAUGGCCUUGGAUAUCUAUCAACCAUGCUCUGUUCAGGCGGGAGACGAUAGACCAGUCCUCUUUUAUAUGCACGGAGGUGGAUGGACGAUGGGAAGCAAAAAGUUGGUGGGACCGCUCUUGCAAGAAAUGAUUUCAUAUGACUGGAUUGUAGUCUCAGUCGACUACCGCCUCGGCGCCAAAGCUGGAUAUCCGACCCAACUGAUAGACUGUAAACGCGCGCUACGAUGGGUCAAAGAUGAGAUUCGGAUCUUUGGAGGGAACCCCGAGAACAUUGUCGUUGCCGGUGAUGCUGCGGGAGGGCAUAUGGCCUGUCUUCUGGCGAGUACUACGAACCUGCCGGAGUAUCAGCCUGGGUUUGAAGACGUGGAUACAACUGUUCAUGGAGUGCUCGGACUCAGUCCUGUGGUUAACUUGGUUGACCUGGAAAAUUACAGCAACCACGACUGCAGGACUCGUUUCAUCAAGGACGUUGCUCGGCGUGAGGGUUCAGCUGAAUCCGCAGAGAAUCUAAAGUUUUUGACGGAGCAUUCACCGCGGUUCAGGUUGAAGGAGCCCAGUAUUCCUCACAUGAUGAUCCAUGGCGACAUUGACACCCUAGUUCCAGUGCAGCAUACGCGCGACUUUGUGAAUCACUUCCGUAACACAUGCACUUCCACACCGAUCGCUUACCUGGAAGUACCGGGCGGCCACCACUGUUUCCAUUUGAUAUCUUCGCCACGAUCUUGGUACAUUGCGAUUGCUGCAGCUCAAUGGCUGAACUACCAUUUUGAUGGUAUCAACAAUAUCGACAGCAAGCCAGACAAAAGGCGACAGGAAAUCCAUGAGAUUGUCGAAUGGGGCUGGGACUGA